GCUUUCUAGCACCACCACCAACUCGACAACUGCCAUGGCGUCCAACAACAUUUACCACGGUCAAGCGGCGUUCGCGCCGGGUCUUGACGUCAAGCCACACACGUACGAGGCGCGGCCGUUCGACGAAGAGAACGGCAUCGAGAUCAAGGUGUCGCACUGCGGCAUCUGUGCCUCGGACCUGCACACGAUCUCGGGCGGGUGGGGACCGAUCCAGUACCCGCUGGUCGUCGGCCACGAAAUCGUUGGCCACGUCGUGCGCACCGGGUCCAAGGUCGACUCAAUCAAGUACGCGAUCGGGACGCGCGUCGGUGUCGGCGCGCAGUGCGGGAGCUGCCUCGACUGCCACCAGUGCAACAUGCACGAAGAGCAGGUUGACAUUACCGACGGUAUCACGAAGGAAGGCGUCUUGACCCAGUGCAACGGCUGCCUCCGCUUCCAGCAAGGCGCUAAAGACAGCAAUGGCGCGUUCGUCGAGUGCCACCUCGAGUCCUUGGAGCUCAUGUCGAUCUGCCUCAAGAAGCUUCACGGUCUUGGCCGUGACAUCAAGCUCAUGGACGCGAGUUUUAUGUGGACCGAGCCCCACAGCAAGCGCGUCAAGCUCAAGCUCACAAUCCGCAAAGAGGUAUGUGUCUCCCAACGCUCUCGCUCCUGUUCGAAAUGCGACUAG